AUGUUUUCGUCUUCUAUCUUCACUGGGGCACUGGCCCUUCUGGCCAUCAACGGCGUUAACGCUGGGCCAUGCCGCCCUUCAUCGGUUUUGACCACCGAAACAUCGGCUGCUAUCACUUCAGUUGUAACCGAGAGCUCUGUCGCGGCAAUCCAUGAUACGACUACCACGGUCUCCCUCACUACCGAUCUUUCUGCUACUACGACUGGGGCGACUACCAUCUCGGAGGGUGUCUUGACUUCUGAAACCGCCACCGUUGACACCACCACUGUCUUGUUGAUCACCAAGACUACACAGGUUACUCAAGACACUACAACGACCUUGCCAGCCACUACCACGACUACGGCUGCUGCUGGGCCGGAGUGUCAGGUUGACAGUGAUUGCAGUGUCAGUGGACAAGAAUGCAACAACGGCGUCUGUGAAACCCCAGGAAAUCAAGAUCCCUGCAAUGACAACUCCGACUGUCUCUUAUCCACCAACCCGCUGUGUGCUUUGGGGCUCUGCGAAUGCAACAGCAACGGGUAUUGCGAAACCAGCAGCGGCUGA